CUCCGAGGUUUUCCUAGGACGAUUACCCUGUUUUAAAGUUCUUCUUUUCCUUUUUGAUCCUUUUAUUAGAUUUUUUGCAUUUUUGAGUAGGCUGGCUCCCCGUCGACGGAGGCCCGCGAAUAGCAAUCUGAACCGAGUGAGAGGCCGGGCUCGAAACCCGCCUCCCGCUAUGGUGGACCCCGUAAUUGGGGGUGAAAACGACGGUGACAACCACGCGGGGAUGGCCAAUCAUCCCCUGUACUUUGUACCUCCUCCUUCCGAAGUUUCCAUUUUCUCCGAAGAUGACACCGACCCUCGUACCUGGCUAGCGGCCUUCAAAGCCCAGGGCUGGUCGGAUCAGUUGCUCCGAGAACGAAUUCUCGGAAGGUUAGCCGGAACCGCUUUUGAGUGGUAUGGACAUAACCCCUUCACUAAUUGGGCAGCCUUCCAGAAGAAAUUUCUCGAUAGAUUUGAUCACAUCGCACCGGGUCAAUGCCUCCGUUUAAUAAAGGAAUACACGCAGCAGCCUCGGGAGACCUUGGCCAGAUAUGCUGAACGUUUUACGUACUUAGCCGAACGCUCCGGGGUGGACGAGAAAAUGGUACAGACUGAUUUCGUCAGAGUACUGCCAGAUUCUCGUCUGCGGAAAAAGAUCCGUAAGAAAUGCAACCCUAUAGAACAUACCCUGACAGAGCUAAUUCAGUACGCAAUUAAGUACGAGAAAGAAAAUUACGAUGUGGGCCUGGACUCAGAAUCCGACGAAGAUGACCCUUCGGGUGUUCGACGCAAUAGCUACUUCGCUACGACACGAAUGUUCGAAAAUCGCUUCGGGUUGGGUCCGACAAAAAAAGGCGUGGAUCGGAAAGCUUCUUCCUCUGCUUCGGCCUCCCGUCGCCCUAGUCAAGCACAAGGAGGCCGGGGUGAGGAAGAAGUGUCCAUGAAGGAGGUCGCGGCACAAUUAGUUACGGUAGUGGCCCCGUUGACGGAGUUUGUUCAGGGCCUGCAGCGGCAACGCCUAGCCGCCGCACAACGGCAACAAGCGGCUAUGGCCGCCGGGGCCCCUAUGAUAAGACCGGCCGUGGCCGGGGCUGUCCAGUCCCUACGCUGUUAUAAUUGCAAUCAGCCAGGUCACCUUGCGAAAGAUUGCCCGAAACCUCGAACUAAGAGUGGGCCCGCUGGGCCUUCCCAAAUCCCGUUGGCUGCUCCAACCGCUGCAGGACAGGGGAGGGUGGCCACGGUGAUGGAUACCGGGGCAACGGAAAUGGUGACCCCUGCGGCCACCGAGAUAGGUCCCGAUGAAUACAUGGCUGCGGCGAUGUUCGAACCCGGGACCAUCGGAGUGAUACUGGCCUUGGAGAAAAACGAGUUCUUAUUGUCGGAGAUCUCCUUCUUGGGGUACAUCGUCACGGUCGAGGGACUAAAACCGGAUCCGAGGAAGGUGGCAGCAGUUCAAGAAGCCCCGGCGCCGGUCACACUCACCCAGGUUCGGGCUUUUCUAGGGCUGGCAUCCUAUUAUCGAUGCUUCAUCAAGGGGUUCACCGGUAUAGCGAAGACCCUCACGAACCUGCUGAAGAAAGAGGAACAGCUAAUCUGGACGUCGGAAUGCGAGGCUGCGUUUCAGGCGUUGAAGGAGGCUCUGACAUCUGCUCCUGUGUUGGCGCGCCCCGACCCGACAAGACCGUUCGCACUGUACACAGACUGGCAGCCUCACGCGAUAUCGGCGGUGCUGACUCAGCACGGGGCGGACGGAAGGGAACACGUCAUUGAGUAUGCGUCCAAGACGCUGAGCCAGGCGCAGGCUAAUUAUGAAGCGUGCAAAGUUGAAUGCCUGGCAGUGGUGUGGGGAAUCCAGCAUUUCCGACCGUAUCUUUACGACCAGAAAUUCGUGCUGGUAACGGAUCAUCAGCCGCUGCUGUCCCUACGCAACAACACGGACUACACGGGGACGCUGGGCAGGUGGGCGGUGCGUCUGCAAGACUAUGACUUCGACAUCCACCACCGUGCCACGCGGCAGCAUGGUAACGCCGAUGGAUUGACGCGCCUCCUGUCGCCCAACAAGUGUCCCGCCAACGAGCGACUCAUUCCGUGGAGGUCAGAAGUCGCGGCGACGAAACCGCACUACGGGGAGCUACACUUGCUGAUGAACCAUCGCCAGCCGGAGCAUGAGCCCCUCGAGCACUUCCAGACGCCGCUUGCUGAUCGCUUGUUGCGGCAUCGGUUCAAUGAGGAAAGACAGUUGUGGUACGGCAUCCAGCAGGUGAACGUGCGAACGCCCGGGGUUGCUGAUUUGGCGGCGUACUUGUUGCUUUGCGAUCGGCUGACGUAUGCGGGGGUGUACGUGGACGUGACGCAGUUGCCUGGCCGGGAGACGACCCGAGUAUUCGUUGAGUUCCGCGUGCUCCAGGUGGCACCCAACUUCGUGCACACCAUCGCCACCUUCAUCGGAGACUUGAUGAUCCUACCGCAGCCGAAUCGGGAGCCGGCGCGCAGCUUUGUGCGCGAAUACGCGGUGGAAGCGGCCAGAUCAGUGGCCAGAUUGCAAGGACGGGGGGGACACCGAUUCACAGCCCACGAAGUGCUGCUGCGUAGGGCAGAGGACGGAUCCAUUGCGUUGGUGCCGCAGCUCACCGCGCUUCUCCCUCCCUCUGCUCCUCUCAACUUCCAAGCUAUUCCCCCUCUCACGGAGGGCCCAUAUCCCAUGCGCGAGUUCUCGGAGUAUUUGGUGGAGCUAACUGACGUGGAGCCGCUGCCCUUCGCUGACGAAGACGCGUGGGAGUUGCACCGUGCGCUAUACAAGUCGGUGGAGCUGGGGAUGUUCCGGUUCUUCGUGGAUCACGAAGACCACUGCAUCGGGGAGCACUUCGUCGUUUACUACGUCAUCACACGGCCCAAGCCAGCGGAGAAGGAAGGGACGGUGGCGCUGUACCCCUUCGCCCAACUCCAAACGAUCGAUCCGGGAUUGUUGGAGCUCAUGCACCUUGAGCUCCUCUCCAUUGCGCAAGUGAUCGCGAGCGAGGAGGAGGAGAUCCAACCACGAUUGCGGACGGCGACGGCCCCGCAGAGGAUGUACAACGCGGUCGUCAUCCCGGAUUACAUUGCGCAGCGGGUGGAGAGGUUGGAGGACUUCCCCGAGGAAAGGCCAUUGCGGCCUCCCUCGUCGUAUUCUCGACCAGCGCCACCAAAGGCCCCUAAGAAGACACCGAAGAGGAAGAGACGCCACCCGUCGCGAGGAGCGCAAGGCAGCAGGAUUGGCGGCGGCGAGGAAGUAAUUGAGCCUGCGCGUGCGGCGAUGCUCGUUAAGGAGAUAGUCGUGCCAUCGCCGCCCUUUCCGCGUGUGCCCGAUCUCAAUCUUCAUGGAGUCGGGCCAUCAGCAGCAGCAACAGCCGGAGGAGGAAGCCGAAUGGGAUUUCCGGAUCCCAUAUCCAGACCCCCCGUCCUCGCGGGACCUCUCCGUUCCCGCCAGCCACCCCAGGGUGCCCCGGUCAUUGACAUUAGUAGUUCCUCCGAGCCGGACGGUCCAUCCGACAGAGGUGGACUUCAUGGUGGAGCCCGCCACCAUUAGGCUCGAGGCCAUCGCGGGGGCGCUGCGCCCUGAUCCGACCUGGGAGCCAUAUCUGACACCCCCUUUUCAAGGGUGUAUUGCGGCGUGAUUGGCUGGGACGCUC